UAAAUAUUAUAGAGCAUCAUCGUGAGGUUUACUUGAACUGACUAUUUUAUUUUUAUAUGUGCAAUGUUGAAACACUUGAAUAUAUAAGACUGUUAAAUACGUGUUUUUGUGUAUCGUGAAGUGAAAAUUGUGUGUGUGUGCCACAUGAGAGUUAUCCUGAGGCUGACAAGCAGGGAUGGCGCUUAUUCCGUCAACGGGCAGUCGCAUCUACGUGGCUUUCUUCGCGACAGUCUUCUGGGGAAUGGGUGUCCGAGGCCUCCACAACCUCGAGAUAAAUGUGCCAGCGGCUGUGCUGGUGGGUGAAACCGUGACCUUGGAGUGCAGCUGGCAGUUAGAGGACGAGGAGGCGCUGUACAGCGUGAAGUGGUAUCGCGGCAGAGAAGAGUUCUACCGAUACAUUCCCAAGGAGCUACCCCACACGAGAGUUUUUCCUUUGCCGGGGAUUGAAGUUGACAUAUCCCGAUCCGGGGCGCGGCGCGUGGUGCUGCAGCAGGCCACGCCUGCGAUGGCAGGCCGGUUCCGCUGCGAGGUUUCCGCGGACGCACCUACCUUCCACACCGAGAUCCGCUCCGCGCCGCUAGAAGUUGUCGAACCCCCGGAGUGGCGGCCGAAGCUAGUGUCGGACCGUUCGUGGUACGGCGUGGGAUCCACACUGCGGGCGACCUGUGCUGCGCCGCCCGCGCACCCUCCAGCCAACCUUACUUUAGCACUUAACGGCAGAGAGAUUGACUUGGACUCCCUAGUACACGAGUUACCGGAGUGGUUCAAAUGGGAUUUGCCGCCAAAGCCGGAGACGACGACGACAGAACAGGCGGAGGAUGAACACUUCAACGUAUUCCACGACGAGGGCAACAUCCAAUAUUUGGAUGAGUCUUACAUCAACCUGCAUAAGGAGGAGAUCCGACGACCUCCAAAGGAGAGUCCUAAGCCGGUAUUCGAAAGAACGGGGCCGGACAACCGGCUGGUCUCAGUGGGAGAAGUAUCAUUCGUGGUGCGCAACGAGGCGUUCGAGCGCGGCAGCCUGCGCCUGACCUGCAUCGCCAGCAUAUACAACUUGUAUGCGGCGCGCGCGGAGCUCGUCUUUGAUAUGGAGCAGCCGGAGGUGGCCUCCGUGUUAGGAGUGCGAAAUGGGGCCAAAGAUUCAAAUAUCUUCAGAUCAUGGCGGAUACCAGCUGCGUUCGCCUCGCUGCUGUACAACAUGCGGUAGUCAUCUUCACGUUAUUUUUAGUACAAAAUCAAUUCUAAGGUCUUCAUACUGAUUGUGAUUCUCAUUUUGUACAAACUCAUAAAACAUAUCCAAAAGCAUGAAAUUUAUCUUCCGUUAAGAAUUCCAAGUUUGUUUUAUAUCAAACAGAUCUUUAAAAUAAGUAUUAAAUCUUAGUCAUAGGUCACACUGGCCAAAGUAUAGAAUAAAUAUUUAGUAAAUAUAGGAUGGAGACGGUUUUAUUAAAUGAAUAGAAAGCUAUGCAUUUCAAACAUAUUAUAGUUAAUACAUUGUGAUAAAUAUAAUGGUUCGUUUUUACGAAAGGUCUAAUAGAACUUCCACCGACUGAAAUCGCGCAGUAGUUAUGUGCGAUAAACGCAUUUAUGUUGUAGGUACACGAAUUAAUUACUACACCAAUUGGUUUUAAAGACAUCAUUUCAGAUAAGGGCCACGGAUGCCACUGUCCUUCUUAAUACCUAUUUUAGUAACUUCAACGCAAUGUAACUUUUUUUAUCAUUGUAUUGGAAUACAUAACGCUGUACGGAAACUAAAUAAAUUCAUUUAUUUUCUACACUAUUGAUUAAGAUUUUAGUAUUUUUAGUACAUGGUGAGUCAUUUUAUAACUUGUUAUAUAACCCAUUGAAAAUCUGAAAACACAUUAAGAAUCUCCUUCUUACUAUACUCAGUAUACACGGUACCUACGUUCAGAAACAAAUGUGAAAGAUAAUUUUUUUUUGAUCGAGUAGGAAUAUAUGAAGGGAACUAAACAUACAAUUUUUACACUAAUGACCGAAUUUAAAAUUGACAAUUCUGGUUCAGAAUAAAACAAUCUGAUGGAUUUUCUAUGGUUUUCAGUAUCUACCAGUAACCAGUUUUCAGGACCAGUAGUCAAUUAAUGCUUGUCAGACGCAUCGCACAAUAAACCACGUACAUCACAAAACAGUUUGUAAUCGACCGUGACGUACGCCACUAAAUAAUAUAAUAAUACUACGACCUCAAGGUUUCGUGGAUGUGCCGUGCUCAACUAAAAGGGGUACGAUCGCAUAAGGUGCUCUUGCCAUAAAAACAUAAUUAGAAAUGAUCCUUAUCAACAACCAAAAGACAAUGCCCUUUGAAAACCUCACCAAUGAUCAUAUUUAUAUUAGUUCGGUGAUGGCGAGUAGUCGAUAUGAAUAUGUAUUUGUAUGUAUGUGUUCUCGAAGAAUUGUAUUGGGAUUGGCAGUGUUUAACCCUUUACCAGGCUGACAGUUCAAAAAUGAUAAUCGAAUGUCAGUCUUACUCAUUGAAAAUAGAACACAUGUUUGAAGUGCCGUAUGUGGGAAAUAUAUAUCCCUUAGCCUGGUAAAGGGUUAAAAAGUCUAUUAUGAAUAGACGUUUCGUCUAAACAAUAAAAUUGUGUAAAUAGUUUUUAGAGUCAGGCGUAAAAAGGUUCAUUUUAAGUGAACUGACUUGCCUAAGUUUCUCUUGGCUGUUCUAAGCCACCCUUUGUUUUCGUAAUACCCAUCUUAAAUUUUUUGGAACAAUGGUAGCGAAGACUGAUGGAUUAAGUGGACUCUAUUUUAGUAUUUCUGACCAAAGUAAAGGGGAAUUUGGUUUAACAAUACUAAGAAUUGACAUAAUUUAGUGAAAUCUACGCAAUAAAUAAUAACAUUGUCACACAGUAGGCUAGCGAGAAUGUUGAGCAGUUUGAGCAUUAUUGUGCUUUGUCAUACUUUUUUUUUCAAACACUGCAGAACAUGGUUGUCGGGUUCGCUAAGGCGCUCAUAUGUAGUCAACAUAAAAUAUGAGUUUCAUUGCCGCGGAGCUUUAAUAUUAAAAGAACAACCUUGUUGAGUUUGCUCAACAUUUUCUCGGCCACUGGGUUGGCAACAUAGUUCUGUCGAGAAACAAUGUCAAAUAGCGCUAUCGGAUAGCAUUGCAUAUUGCAUACAUUAAGUCUGUGAUUGAAAAAUAAUAUUAUACAUUUGAUUUUAUAUUACUAGAAGCCAUCUUAAAGCGGCGUGUUUUAAAUAUUGUCUUUAAUUCUGUCAAGAUCGAAAACAUAAUGCAAAAAAUAAAAUAUCAUAAAACACUUACAUUACUUGUAAAAUGUUGCGAGCGCUACAAAAAGACACAUGAAUGUAAAUCUGGUUCAUUUCAUUUCAAGCUAUUUAACUUAUAAAAUCCUUAAAAGAUUGAGUCCACAUUUGGAGAAAAUGUUAGUUCCAUGAAAUUAUUAUACUAUGUUAUGUGUUUCCCACACGUAACGUUUUUUGCUACGAGAUUCCACUUUUAAUUUAAUGUCUAGUAAUAGUUUUACCUAAUUUAUCUAUAUUGAUUUAGAAUAAAUAGGUACCUAUAGUUUGUAUUAAUAAAUGGAUUAAUUAAAAUGUGUAAAUAAUAAUGAAACAGAUCUAUGUAAAUUUAAAUAAAUACAGAUUAGAAAUUAAACGACGUUGAAAUUA